CGCCACUCUAAAUGCUUUUCAAACCAACACAUUAAUAUAUCAAGACAAAUCCAUGGUUUUAUUAUUUAAAAAAAAUGGAAGUACACAUAUUCCACACUUGCAUUCUGUUUGGAUUCCUUAUGCGGUGUGACACUGAGUCACGUGGCAGUGGCUGGGCUCAGCCUCCCCGCGGGGUAGCAGAACCACGGCGGCUCAGUGCGUGUGGUAACACAGGGAGCGCGAUGGCCUUGAGAGCCGAACUGUUAAAGUCCAUCUGGCACGCAUUCACCGCCUUGGAUGUAGACAAGAGCGGCAAGGUGUCCAAGUCACAACUUAAGGUGCUGUCCUAUAACCUGUGCACGUUGAUGAAGAUCCCGCACGACCCUGUAGCUCUGGAGGAACACUUCAAGGAUGACGACGAAGGCCCAGUGUCCAACCAGGGGUACAUGCCUUACCUCAACACCUUCAUUCUGGACAAGGUGAAGGAGGAGUUUGACCGCCAGGACUUUGACAGGAUGUGCUGGACGCUGUGCGCCCGAAAGAACUUGGACCGCAGCAACCUGCUGAUAUCUGACGACGAUGCCUUCAAGAUCUGGUGCCUCUUCAACUUCCUGUGUGAGGACCGCUACCCAUUGUCUAUCGUCAGCGAGGAGAUGGAGUACUUCCUGCGUAAGCUGACCGACUCCAUGGGGGGCAGCUGGGUGGAGGAGCGCUUCGAGGACUACAAGCUGGAGCUGCAGACCCAGGGGAGGAGCCUGAGCGCCUGGGAGCUCAUCACCUUGGUGGCCUCGGGCCACUUCAGCAAGGGCAUGGACCGCCAGACGCUGUCCAUGGGAAUCAACGAGGUGUACCAUGAGCUCAUCCUGGACGUCCUCAAACAGGGCUACAUCAUGAAGAAGGGCCACAAGAGGAAGAACUGGACAGAGCGCUGGUUCGUCCUGAAGCCCACCUCAAUCUCCUACUACAUGGGGGAGGACAUGGCCGAGAAGAAGGGAGACAUCCAGCUGGACGGGAACUGCUGUGUGGAGCCAUUACCGGACAAGGAGGGGAAGAAGUGUCUGCUGUUCAUCAAGUGUGCGGGGAAGAGCUAUGAGAUCGCGUCAGACAAGAAGAGGAAGCAGGAGUGGAUUCAGGCCAUCCAGACGUGUGUGAGUCUGCUGCGUCUGGGCCUGCCCGCCCCGCACCGCGAGGCCCGUCUGAGGCGCAGGGAGCAGCGGGGCCGGCUGCAGGCAGAGCAGGAGGACCUGGAGGCCCGCAUGAAGGAGCUGACGGCUGCCAAUGACACCAAACAGCAGGAGCUGGAGGCCAUGAGGAAGGUGGGUUAACCCCAACCCCAACCCUCUUCCUAGAUCUGCACCCUGCGAAUGAACCCAGCCUGGAGGUAGGAUCAUUUUAUAGUCAGGGUUAAGGGUAAGUCGCUCACGUCAGAACUGCACAUUAACCUUCCUCUCCAUGAAAUCACGGGCUGUGUCGGGUGUCAUUCAUAAUCAAUACAAUUAGACCUGAUUAAGGUUGUAUGUCUCCCACAGUCUGCUACCGUUCAACUCUGCCAGGUGACGUUCUCUAAUGGUGCGUUUCCACUGAGCGCUGCAGUUCGAUUUUUUGAUUAGGUGCGGUUAGGUGUGGCUCGCGUUUCCACCGCCGGCAGUACCCUUAUGUUUUUUGAAUGACCAGCGCUCUAAUACACACAGACACACAUCAAAGAAAGAAAUCCUCCACAUAAAGAACAAGAACAUAUAACAAGAACUUAUGGCACAUUUCCAAGGGCGGUUGCGGGUUGGUUCAGUAUGCCAAGGUGCGGCACAGUUGGCGUUUCCACCGCCAAAAGUGGGUGUGAUCCGUAUUGAGCCGUACUCAUCUCGCAGUACUCCUCCGUUGGGGUACUGAAACGUCUGAAAGGGUGCCAACAACUUUGAGCUACACACGCCGUCUGUUGAUAGGUCGACAGAAUCAUCACUUUUGUGUGACAGGGGGAUAAUAACAAAUAAACACAUUAUCCGCAAGGUACAGCGAAGGCUUCGUUUAUUGAAGAAAAUGUUGCGCAAAAGUUAGACGUCCUUCUUGUUUCGCGUUCUUCUUUUUCCUUGGAUUUAUUUGCAGGCUACACUGUGAGGGGCUGCUAUGAGGUCAUGCUUACGUGCUAUGCUUAAGUAGCUGCCACGGCUAUCACCAUCCGGCUUAAACCCCGCCCUACCAUAAGGGUACUGUCGGUGGUGGAAACACGAGCCGUAACUGAGCUGGGCUAUACCACAACUUCACUGCUGGGCUGAAGCGUGCUGGGCCGAAGUUCAACCACCAUUGGAAACACGCCAUUAAGGCCCCGUCCACACGAAGCCGAAACGGGCGAAACCGUUACUGUUUAGAUCUAUCCGGUUUCGGAGUAUCUCCGUAAAGACGGAGUCAAGCAAAACCGGGUAGAUCUGUGGAAACGCUGUAGUACACAUUCCAGGCCCAUAAGGGGCGCUGCUUCUGCUACAGAAAUCCAGAAGGAAAAUAAAUAAGAAGAAGAGGGGAGCAUGCGCAUAAAGGGUGAGACUCCACGGGCUUAACAGUAAUUGGCUAGAGGGUCGAGGGGUGGGGCGAGGACGUCAUGGUUUACGGUUUCAGGCAUCCAGACGAAUCCAAAACGAAACUGGGUAGAUUUGAAACCACCUCCGAGGGUGGUUUCAGAAGUUUACGGUUUCGGUCAGCAGAUUCGUCGGCUUCGUGUGGACGGAAGGCCGAACCGUACGGAAGGCCGAACCGUACAAGACCUUUGCGGUUUCGCCAUGAAAUUGGCUUCGUGUGGACGGGGCCUUAAUGAGCUUACCUGAAUAAGAUCCAAGCAGAACAACUUCUCUGUGGGAGGGGUCAGUUUCAGCCCUGCCUGCCCUCAUGAAUAUGAACAGCAGGAGACCCCUCCCCCUCAUAAAUAAUUUCACACACUGUGGAUGUGGAGACCCCCGGGGGGAGGGGGAAUCGUGUGUGUGUGUGUGUGUGUGUGUGUGUGUUGUGGCAACCUGGCACGGUGAGCGAACCACCACCUCCUGAAACAGGACACAACUUUGCUGGGCAAAAGCCAAAAAGGCAUGUUUAAUCCAAAAUCAAACAAGUCUCAUACCGAAAAUAAUACAACAACGAAAAAACCUGGGAGGAAUCGACGGUCCAAUCCCC